UUUGGAUUCAUAAAUGAAUGGUGUGGGUUCGCCGGCCACACCAUGCAAGCCCGAUCCCUGAUUGGUUGUGAAUAAACACUGUCAAGAGUAUAUAUAUUGUGGUAGGCGUCACAGUUCCAAGAAACGAGAACACUGAAACUUCCAAGUUUCCAACAAAGCAAAUAAAUUAAUUAGUGCCCCAGUAUUUUUUUUUUGCCUAUCACAGCACGAGAAUGAGAGCACAAAUCCAAAAGGUACCACAGAUAGUCGAAUUGUUAAAAAAGAAAACGGUUGGUUUGCAGCACUUCAAGCCAACAUCUUCAGUGUGCGUCCUGGACCCGAAGGAUGCUACAUUGGUUGCGCCUUGUCGACACAGUCUUCCCUCGCAGACUCAGAGCCUUGACUCGAUACCUGGACCCACCAACUGGCCCUUAUUUGGCAGUUUGAUAGAACUACUACGCAAAGGAGGGCUGCAAAGACAACACAAUGCAUUGAUUGAUUACCAUAAGAAAUUCGGAAAGAUUUUCCGGAUGAAACUCGGCUCCUUUGAAUCGGUCCAUAUUGGCGCACCUUGCUUAGUGGAGGCACUCUACAGAAAGGAGAGCGCUUAUCCACAGCGUCUGGAGAUCAAACCCUGGAAAGCAUACCGAGACUUAAGAGGCGAGGCAUAUGGACUUCUUAUUCUGGAAGGGGAAGACUGGCAGAGGGUGAGAAGCGCGUUUCAGCAGAAAUUGAUGAAACCCACAGAAGUCGCGAAACUUGAUGGAAAAAUAAACCAGGUGUUGGCCGAUUUCGUUAGUAGAAUUGGGCAAGUGACUGACAAUGGACAAUUUGAGGACUUGUACUUCGAAUUGAAUAAAUGGUCAAUGGAGACCAUUUGCUUAGUGCUCUACGACAAACGUUUCGGGCUUCUGGAUGACAAUGUCAACGAGGAGGCUAUGACCUUUAUCACAUCCAUAAAGACGAUGAUGAGCACAUUUGGCGCCAUGAUGGUCACGCCAGUGGAGCUCCACAAAAAACUGAACACCAAAACAUGGCAGGACCACACCACGGCUUGGGACCGUAUAUUCAGCACAGCCAAAGUCUACAUAGACAAGAAGAUAAAGCGCCAUGCAGGGGCAACAGGGCCCAGUGAUGACUUCCUGUGUGACAUCUACCGCCACAGUCAGCUGUCCAAGAAAGAGCUGUACGCCGCCAUCACAGAGCUCCAGAUCGGAGGAGUGGAGACGACUGCCAACAGCAUGCUGUGGGCUAUUUUCAACCUCUCCCGUAACCCCUGCGUUCAGAAGAAGCUGCUCCAAGAAAUCAGAGAGGUUCUGCCCGCUAGUCAGACUCCCAGUGCCAAGCACCUCCAGAGAAUGCCCUACAUCAAGGCCUGCCUCAAGGAAUCGAUGAGGUUAUCGCCGUCAGUUCCCUUCACGAGUCGGACCUUAGACAAAGACACUGUGUUGGGGGAUUACUCCAUUCCCAAGGGGACAGUGUUGAUGAUCAACAGCCAUGCUCAGGGUGCCAAUGAGGAAUACUUUGACGACAGCAGUCGGUUUAAGCCAGAGCGUUGGCUAAAAGAGAGCAGUACCAUUAACCCCUUUGCCCAUGUGCCUUUUGGUAUUGGGAAGAGGAUGUGCAUUGGGCGGCGUCUGGCAGAGCUACAGCUGCAGUUGGCACUCUGCUGGGUCGUCAGAGAUUAUGAAAUUGUGGCGACAGAUAGUGAACCAGUUGAAACUAUCCAUUCGGGGACGCUUGUUCCCAACCGUGAAUUACCUGUGGCUUUCAUUAGACGAUGAGGCUUCAAACACAGAUCAUUUGGACCUCACUACAGAAAGAUAAUAGUUCUGGACCUGAAUGUCCAGAGAGACUCCCUUUAUUGCUGCUCUGUAAAUAACAAAGAGAAAAUAUCAGAUCUAAAUAUAUUUGUAUGUAAUCCUGUCAUAUAUACCUCAAACGAAUAUAAAUGCAUUUAAACUAUUAACUAUGAGAGUUAGCCUACUUGUUGACCAAUAACUUUUAGCUUGUGUUGUAAGGCAACUGCACUUUACUGCCCACUAAUCUUAAACAACUGUUCUUAUGUCGAAAAUGUUAAAUCAAUUAUAACUUUUGUAUAUGUUGUCUUUGUAUGUUAAAGUGUAUACAGUACAUGUAUAAAAGCUACUUAUGUAUUUUUCUCCAUUGUGUGUGAAGUGAAAUAAUAGUGUCAACAUGAUGUACAUUUUAAACAUUGUAAUUCUUAGAGAGAAUAUAUUUCAUCCACUUUUUGUUUUUGUUGCAGUAUUUUCAAUGUUUGAAAUUGUAAUUACUUUGCGGAAUAUGGUUUAAGAUGAGUACAACUGUAUCAUAGCCACACACAAAAGCUAAGGACCUAAUGAUUUAUGGCUUUGGUAUAUCAUAGUAAUCAAGUGCUAUUUGCAUGUGAAAAUGUCAUGGAAUGGUAAUUUUACCGGCUCUUGAGCUCAGCUCAGGGCUCCUACUCAGUUAAACCUGCAUUAGCAAUAGCUACUUCAACUAUCCACACACCAUAGUACGUCUAGUCUUGCAACAAAAAAUAUUAUAGCGAUAAAAGGUAACGUACACUGCACCCCUCUGCCAUUCAGUGAUCUUCUGCAGUUAUCUUUAAUAUUACAAGUAGCUGUAAUGGUAAUAGACGGGUAUAAUAUGAACCUAUUAUAAUAGACUUCAUAUGUCCAUCGCACUGUAAAUGUUUACGAUUUUUUUACUAAUCUGGUUUCAAUCGUCUGAAAUACAUGAUCUCCUGAAAAGUGAUACAAUUCUU